AUGGACGACCUCACAGGACUCGCAUGGAAUUCUUCUUUCUCUUCGUCUAAACCACCACCUCCACUAAAGCCAAAAUCUCCAACUCCGCUCAAUCUACGACCGCCUCCCCUAUCUUCACGUACAGCUUCUCCCGCAAAUGCCAGUACAAAACCUCCACCGGCAGGCGAUAGCUUUAGCAAUCUUGUCUCCUUUGGCCGGAGUAAAGCAAAUGACAGCUGCGUGACACUGCAGGAACGGCAGAAGCAACUGCAGGAGCAGAAGGCUAAGGAGGAGGAGGAACGGCGGAAGAAGAUGGACGCCUUGUUUGGCGGCGGUCGAGGAGGUGCAAAUGCUGGGUUUUGGGACUCCCUGGAGGCGGGGAGGGUGUCUCCGGUGCCAGUGAGCAAGUUGGAUGACGAUGAUGAGGACCUUCUAGCGGCUUUCAGCGCCGCUGCUCCGGUUGAUAAUAGUUCCUAUUACCCACCACCAAUCGGGAGUGGAGUUGCGACGCCGCUACACUCAGUGGAUUCUACGCCUGUCGUUCUGGUUGAUUCCACAAACACUGGAAUGGGUUUGAGCAAUAAUGUAAUGGAUCCAUUUGAUCUUGAUAAUUUGCCUUCUAGGCAUCCUUCUCCGUUCAAACCGCAGCACAGCUCUCCCAACGCAUUCGACGAUGACGAUAUUCUCGGGGAUCUAGGGAAGCCGGUCGAAGCACUACCACCCCAACCCUCGCCGGGGGCAGAAGAACCCCCUUUUCAGCUGCCGGGGAACGAUCCACGAGACCCCGCAAUCGCAGAAAUUGUGGACAUGGGAUUUACGGUUGAGCAGGCUAAGAAAGCACUCGCAGAAACGGAUACUGGUCUCGAUGUUACGGCUGCAGUGGGUUGGUUGUUGGAAGAUGCGCAUGGGAAAAGUAGGCCUGCAUCUACGAAUCCGUCUGGGUCUAGGAGUGGUUCGCAGUCCGGGCAGGAGAGAAGUGCAGACCACCCAAGGAGACGGAGGGAGGAUAAUGGGCAACCGGCAUGGAUGAGAGAUGGAAGUGGUGGAACGCAGGAGAAGGAUAUCGGGCAGAUGGCUUCACAGAUUGGUGGAACGCUAUUCAAAUCCGCUAAUAGUCUCUGGAAUACUGGAAGGAAGAGGGUCGGGAAGGCAAUCGCGGAGCUUCAGGAUGGGAACACAAGUGAUGGGGGAGACCCAAAUAUCCCGAAGUGGAUGAGAGGUGCGCAUCAACAUCAAUUGGAGGUUAGUGAGAAGCGAGAUGGGGGCAACUUUUCUGAGGAAGAUAUGAGACCUGCAAGGCCGGCGCGGAAAGAGAAAGCCCCUGAGCCAUUACUGACUGAGGAAGCCCUCAUGCUCGAAGCUGGUAGUGGACCCCCACCAAGGAGAAGGCAAGGAAAGGAGGGGCCUUCCAGAACUCUGUCUGAGAAGGAGCAAAUUCAACUGCAAAGACAGCAAGCCUUUGAAGCCGCAAUUCGACAGAAGGAGCAGGAGAUGCGAGAGAGGGAACGGCCUCGCCAAACUCCAUCACCGGCAGCUUCUAUCCCCAACAGCAGCGACAGGAGGGCGAAGUUGACUCGAGGAGCAGUAGAAGAAGAUAGUGCAGUUCAAUAUGUUUCGAAGAACCGGCGGAGACCACCACCACCUGCAUCUUCCUCUAUUAGGUUAGGUUCGAAUCCUGCAACACCUGAGCCGCCAACAGGAGACCUUCUGUUCGGCGGCUCUGGCGCACCUAGAGAACCGUCUCGAAAUCCCUUCCUCCAACAACAGCAACAGCGGCAACGGCAGACUCCCUCGCCCGCUCCCCGGCGCCCAACCCCCAGCACAACAGCACCAAUCGUCCCUCGUCCAACCGCCAAUCGCCCACAGGUGCCGAUAUCACAACAGGCUCUCCAGACAUCCUCUGUCUCUCGCCAAAAGGGCACCGAAUCUUUUAGGCGUGGAGACUACCCCACUGCCUUAGCCCACUACACCUCCGCAUUGAAUCCAAUACCCCCCCAGCACCCAAUCCGCAUAAUCAUCCUCUCAAAUCGCGCCCUCUGCAACCUCAAAAUCGGCGACAGCCGAGCGGUACUAGCAGACUGCGACGAAGCACUCGAAAUCAUUGGACCCAGCAAUGGCGAAAGCGAGACCAUCACUUUGGAAGACGGGACGAAGAAGGACAUGAAAGAGCUGUUUGGAAAGGCACUCGCCAGGAAAGCCGAGGGGUACGAGCACAUGGAGAAGUGGGCCGAAGCUCUAAAAAUCUGGACACAAGCUGUAGAAGCCAGCGCUGGCGGAGCAAUCGCGAUAUCUGGAAAACGCCGCUGCUCAACCGCCCUCCAACCCAAACCCGCGCCGAAGCCAAAGCCUGUUGCCGCUGCUCUGCCCACCGCCCGACGCGCUCCGCGCUCAUCACAGUCCACCGGUAGCGGUAGCGGAGAAGCAGCGCGCGUAACCGCCCUCCGCCAAGCAAACGCUGCAGCAGACAGAGUUGAAGAGGAAAAGCUAGCUCUCCACGACAAAGUCGAGGACCGCGUGAACGCCUGGAAAUCUGGCAAGGAGGGUAACUUGCGCGCCUUGCUGGCAAGCCUUGACACCGUGCUUUGGGAAGGGAAUGGGUGGAAGAAGGUUAGCAUGGGGGAACUGUUGAUGCCAAAUAAGUGUAAGAUUGCGUACAUGAAGGGGAUUGGAAAGGUUCACCCUGAUAAGAUUUCACUGGAUGCGACGACGGAGCAAAAGAUGAUUUCUGCAGCGGUUUUCACGUUGUUGAAUGAGGCUUGGGACAAGUUCAAGGCGGAGAAUGGGUUGUAG